AUACCUUGAGAGGUAUUCCAAAACAAACGAAUAAUCUUUUGUUGUAAGAGUAAAACACAUAGCUUCCCUUAUAAACUCCUUUUAUUGUUUAUACAAAAUAUGCAGUGCUAUUAAAAUAGACAAGAUCUUUUGCAACAUCUUGUAUUUGAUUAAACUGAAUGUAAUGAUCAAUGACAUUUAUUAAUAUGACAUGUGUAACACCUUAACCUGAAGAAUUGCACACGAUUGACACUCGUCAUCUGUCAUUGUUUGUUUGUGGAAUGUUUUCCGAUGUGUUUAUCCUAUUAUUUUAAAGCAAGGUUAAAUAACUAGUUCUCUCAACAAUGACCGAAUCAUCAUUUUCAAAGUCGACGAAUGAUUCUCAAUUUGCUCGAAGCGAAACUAUGAAUUAUACUACAGAAAUUCGUCAAAUGAUGCAUGGAUUCGGGGAUAGUAGCGAUCCGUUAAUCGAAUCUGCAAAAAUUGUGGAAGAAGUUGUUUUACAGCAAAUGAGAACAAUCGUGAAGAAGGCAUGCGAAGUUUCCUAUAGACGUGAGAAUUCAAAGAAGGGCUCCUGUAUUAAUGCAGAAGACUUAAUCUUUUUAUUGCGCAAGGAUAAAGUAAAGUUACAGCGGGUGCUGAGAUAUAUAGAAUUGAAAGAGUAUAAGUCCUCCUUGCACAGAGCAAUAGAAAGCGAUCUACCCGAGGAUAUUAUGAACAAUGAACAUCUAGAAGGAGCCAAACAUAAAGGACCGUAUCAUUCGUUUCUCAGCCAGAUUGACAAUACCGGCGAACUUCUCGAAGAUGCAUCCACUGUGGAUGAAGUCAAGCAACAGAGAUGCAUCCGUGCUGAAAUCAUGACGCGUUCUAUGGACGAAGCCAGAUACUUAAAAUUUAGUAAAGCACGUAAUGCGUCUUUCGCGAACAAAAAUCGACACAAAUUCAGCGACUGGCUCUUACCAGACAGCGAUGUAACAAUAUCGAAACAAGGGUAUACAAUUUUAGGAUAUUUAGCAUACGAAGUGGUAGCGCAAAUUGUAGAUUUAGCGUUGUUAGUCAGACAAGACCAAAAUAAGAUCUACGGAGAUUCUAUAGAUCGACUCAGACUUAGUUACGUAAAUCCGUGUACUUAUAAACCAUAUUAUCACGGCAAGGUUGCUGUAACAAAACCGAUAACACCUGCAGAAAUAAUCGAAGCUCUCAGGCGGUACUGGUCUCCGCAAUUAGAUAUGACUGGGCCAUUCAAUCGUUGGUCGCUGAGAAAACCACAUUUAAAGCUCCUUUGCUGUUAACUUCUAGAAGAAUUAAUUUCGUAACGCAAACAAGACAUAUACAUAUAUUUUAUUACCUCCUACUAAGAAGAUCAAAUCUGUAAUGUUUUACCAGUAUUUUACGCUAAAAAUAUUUAGCGGAUAUUUUAAAAUUGACCAAUGUUUAUUGACAUGUUCAUGUACCUCUUACAAGUAUAACUUAGGUUUCUAAUCUUAGGUUUACGCAUGACCACUACUACACAAAUUAGUAUAAUUUUAUUUUUUUACAAAAUUUUCCAGUCAUGUGAUCUGUUCAUAACGUGACAUUUAUAGAUAUCGUGUAUAUCCCUUUUUUUUUUUUAUACAAGUACAGUUACAGUAUUUUCCAUGUAUUUUACAAUUCAUAGUCCCUGAUUCGAAUUUAUAAGAUAAGAUUAUAAUACAAUUGGCUUUGUAAUAAUGAUACGUUUAUAUUCAUUGUACUUUUCAUAAAAUACUCAGAUCCUCCCCUUAAUUUAACGAUAUUACGAACGUAUCACUUUCAUGGAGUAUCGUAAGAUCCCUUCGUUUAGUACGACUCUAAAACCCUUUCUUAAAGUAAAAUAUGCUAAGUUAUUUAGUAUCUACAAAUUUGAGCUAAUCUUAUGAACUGUAUCGUCGUUUUAUGAAUUCACGCAGAUACUAAUUUUACUCCUGUAUCAUGGUGAAAGCAACGUGGAUACUCGUACUUU